UGGAUCAAAGGCUUCGUCUUUUUCAUAAUUAAAUUGUGUCUUUUCCCUCUCCUCGUUGAUCUCAUCAGAUACACACGCAACAAAUAUAUACAAUGGGAGAGGAGAAAGCACAGAAAAGAUAGCUAGAAAACACGAAAAGAUAUAUAGCAACACCCAAAUUUCCGUUAUAUAAGGUUCGACUAAUUCAGAUUUGUGUUGCAUAGGACUUGAUUAGUCCAUAUUAACGAUGCAUAUGGCCAUUUAAGGGAAAAUCUUCCUACCAAAAGAAUCUUUAUUCUCAAGUUGCUAACCCGAGACAUCUGAUUAAAAGUCAAGAGAUAACCGCAUCUCAUUAUAUCCCUAGUGGUGGAAAUACAGAGCGGGACCUAUAACGAAGAAAACCGCUAGCUUAUUCAAAAGAAACAAAGAACAAACAACUUUGGCUUCUCUGAAGAAUGGAGUUUGAUAAUUCUCCCAUUAAUCAAUGCUCCAAAAAGCACGAGAAGAUAUAUCAAGAAUGGUUCAAUUUUGCUGAUUCGGAUGGAGAUGGACGUCUCACCGGAAAGGACGCCACCAAUUUUCUUGAAAUGUCAAACUUGCCUCGUGAUCAUCUCAGGCAGGUGUGGGCAAUUGCAGAUUCCAAACGGCAAGGAUUUCUUGGUUUUAAAGAGUUUAUUACUGCAAUGCAGUUGGUCUCUUUGGCUCAAGCUGGCCAUGCAGUGACAAGUGAUUCCUUAAAUGCCGAAGUUGACUUUGAAACUUUGCAGCUACCUACAAUGGAAGGUCUGGAUGGACUUCUCGCUAAGAAGAAGCGUGUGGCUAAAUGGGCACCUGACCGCAAUGGCAGUCUUGUGCUAUCCUCACGAGCUAAUUGGUUUUCAUCAUCAAAAUCUUCAAAGAAGGUUCCUUCACACUAUGUCACCUCAAUAAUUGAUGGACUGAAGAAGUUGUACGUCAAGAAACUAAAGCCAUUGGAAGUUGCAUAUCACUUCAGUGAUUUUGUCUCUCCUUUAUUGGCAAAUAGUGAUUUUGAUGCCAAACCAAUGGUGAUGCUUUUAGGUCAAUACUCCACUGGCAAAACAACAUUCAUUAAGCAUUUACUCAAAACAAGUUAUCCAGGUGCUCAUAUUGGACCAGAACCUACAACAGACAGAUUUGUUGUCGUUAUGAACGGACCUGACGAAAGAUGUGUCCCGGGGAAUACAAUUGCUGUUCAAGCAGAUAUGCCAUUUAGCGGUUUGACAACUUUUGGAACAUCAUUUUUGUCAAAGUUUGAGUGUUCUCAAAUGCCGCAUCCUCUGUUAGAAAAUGUCACAAUUGUGGAUACUCCGGGAGUUUUAUCAGGCGAAAAGCAACGAACGCAAAGGAGCUAUGACUUUACAGGGGUGACAUCCUGGUUUGCUGCUAAGUGUGAUCUCAUUCUGCUAUUGUUUGAUCCCCACAAACUUGAUAUUAGCGAUGAGUUCAAACGUGUGAUUGCAUCUCUUCAAGGUCAUGAUGAUAAGAUACGAGUUGUUUUGAACAAGGCUGACCAAGUUGAUACUCAACAACUAAUGAGGGUUUAUGGAGCAUUAAUGUGGUCUUUAGGGAAAGUUCUGAAUACCCCUGAAGUUACGCGUGUCUACAUAGGAUCAUUUAAUGACAGA